AUGCAUAACAAUAAUGAUGCUAUUGUAAACAAUAAUCAUAAUCAUCAAUCGUCUAUAAAUCCUUUACAGACUAAAUUAUCUAAAAGUGUAUAUAAUACAUUAUUGAAUAGACAAGAACAAUUAUUACCAGAGCAUAAACCAAGAUCGAAAUCAAGACAUUCAGUGAAGAAGACAAAGAAGAGAAUACAGAAGAUACAUAAUACAAAUACUUCUAUAGAAGAUAAUCAUAGUUUAUUUUCACGAUCUAUUUCUGCUCAUCCAAUUCUAGUUGAUCCACCAAAGUUACCACCGAAAAUAUAUAAAAGUGUAAGAGAAAAGUAUCCAAGACAAACUGAAGUUAAUGAAGAUUCAAUUAAGAAUCCUGGAUAUUUAUAUUCUUCAAAUAAUCAUAGCGGUGUAUACUCUUCAAUUCAACAGAAAUAUGAACAUCUUGAAAAACAGAAACCAUUUGAAAAACAUAUUGAAUCUAUAAAAACUUCAACAUUUGAUUGGAUUAUUAAUAAAAGUGAUACAUUAUCGUAUACUUCAUCUGGUUUCGAUAGUUAUCAUAACUCUAUUGUUAAAAGUAAUGAGAUGAAUAAAUUAGAAAAUAGUAAAAAGUUAAUGUAUUCUACUGAUAAUAUUAUUCAUUCAACAUAUAAUCCAUUGAAAAUAUCCAAGGUUAAGAAUACUGAUAAAACUUGUAUUCGACCAUAUCAAGUUAACAAUUCAGCAUAUAAUGCAAUGACUAUGCCUACAUUGUCGAAUUUCAAUUAUUCUACACCAAAGAUAACAAUCAAAAAAUCAAUAACUGAUUGCCAAUUAGACAAUAAAUUGAAACAGAAUAUAUUAUCACAAUAUCAUCUUCAUGAUUGGCAUCAUGCCAAUAAUUCAAUAAUUAAUACUGAUAGAGAUAAUCAACUAUUAACUAAUCAUCAUAAAAAAUCUUUACAACGAUCAAAUAGUUCGACUACUGAUUUACUAAUCAAUUAUCAAUUAUCAUCUAAUGAAACAAAAUAUCAAUCAGGUGAAUAUUAUUUACCAAAUUCAUCUCCUAAUCACCGUGAACAUCAUCAGCAUCAUGAUCAAUCACAAUUUUCUCCAUAUAGAAAUACAAUGAAUCAUUUAACUAGUACCCCAAUGAAACAAUAUCCAUUGAAUAAUCAACACUAUAAUAAUAAUAUGAAUAAAGUUUAUAAGCCUAUAAAGAUAAAAACUGAUAUGAUAAUUGAUGAAAAUGCUUUUUGUCUAUUGAAUGCUGAACAGUUUCGUGAUGAAUUAGGUAAAAUUGUAACACCUGGUGAUCCUAGAGCUGAUUUACAAGAGAUCUGUAAAAUUGGUAAAGGUAGUACAGGUGUAGUUUAUCUAAUGCAACAUUCACCAACUAAACAUUAUGUUGCUGUGAAAAAGAUGAAUAUAUUUAAACAACAAAGACGAGAAUUAUUAUUCAAUGAAGUAAUAAUUAUGCAAACUUAUCCACAUCCAAAUAUUGUGGAAAUGUUUGGAUCAUAUUUAAUCGGAAAUGAACUUUGGGUGGCUAUGGAAUAUUUGGAAGGUGGAGCUUUGACGAAUAUUGUCACACGGACAUUAAUGUCAGAGAAACAAAUUGCUACUGUCUGUCGUGAUGUUCUUCGAGCAUUAGCUUUCCUUCAUGAUCAUGGAAUUAUUCAUCGUGAUGUGAAGUCAGAUUCUAUUCUCUUAUCGAUUGAUGGUCGAGUGAAACUAUCCGACUUUGGAUUUUGUGCAAGAGUCUCUCCUGAACAUCCACGAAGACGUAGUCUUGUAGGUACACCAUAUUGGAUGUCACCGGAAGUGAUUAGUCGUCUACCGUAUAAUACAUCAGUUGAUGUUUGGUCAAUGGGUGUAUUAUUAAUUGAAAUGGUCGAUGGGGAACCAUCAUUUUUCAAUGAACCACCAUUACAUGUUAUGCGACAUAUUCAAAGAGAUGGUAUACCCUAUUUACUCCAUCCUCAUAAGUCCUCUAGGAAAUUGAAUUCAUUCCUUGGAUUAAUGUUAGUUCGUGAUCCAUUGAGAAGAGCUACAGCUGCUCAACUUUUAUUACAUCCAUUCUUAUUAUUGGCUAGUACAAAUGAAUGUCUUCUCCCUUUAUUAUAUCAUUAUCAAUCGAAUAUGAUCAUGUCAUAA